AUGUUUUCUUCAAAUAAAUCAUAUCCAGGUUUACUUCGGGCUUGUUUACUUAUCGAUGGAUUGCGUUUAUCAACUCUCGAAUCUUUCUAUGAAAAGAAUUAUCUCACACAAUUGAUGACUGAUUUGGUUAUUGAUCAAAGUAAAUUCAAUAUCGUUCCUCUUAAAUCAUCAUUAAUUGAAAAUAUCACAUUACCAAUUAGAGAACUGAUUCAUGAUCUUUUUGUUAAAGAAUGGAAGACAUCUAUGGAUUAUUCGAGUUACUUUUCUAUUUGUGCACCUUUGCACUGCGAAUACUCGUAUAUUCAACGCACAAAUACUCUUAAUAUCAUUAGUAUCUUAUUUUGGCGUUUAUGGUGGAUUGGCCGUUAUAUUUCGAUUCUUUGUCCCAAUUGCGAUAAAAAUGUGUGA